GACGAUCCUUUUUUCCCCCCUUUUUUUUCGUUGUUGCAGGGAGCAGCGAGCCAUGGCUGAAGAGCGUGAAGCACGCGGAGCUGGGCACAGAGGUGCAACUGCCGUGCGUGCUGAAAUUACCCCAGUGCGAGGGGCUUCACAGCAUCAAAUGGUAUCGAGGCGCGACCCGUAUCUUCAUAUUCAGCGAGGACGUCGGAUUGACGCGGGGGAACAACGACAUAGCCGUGAGGUCUGACAUACAAUACACGACAAAUUCGUCGAAGACAUUCUUGAAGAUUCCUGACGUCAAGUUGGAGGACGAAGGCCUAUACAAAUGUGAAGCCACUUACUUGGCUGUGAAUCGAGAGUGCAACAAUGUUCAGCAUAUCAUACUCAACGUCACUGUUCAACCUGCAUUCGUACGCGUCAUCGACGAGACGACGAAGAAGACGUUAAGCACCGGCGCCACUCUGGGGCCUAUAAACGAAGGCUCCGUGAUCUCCUUGUACUGCGAGAGCGGCGAGGGGAAACCGGUGCCUACGGUCGAGUGGUUCAAGAACGAGCAACCCGUGGAAGCGUCCAGCUCGACGACGAUAGCCGAGAGCGGGAUAGGGAACGCGAGUAGUUUGCUGCAGAUGCAAAUCACACGCGACGAGCUCAACACAACUUUCACGUGUAAAGUCAACAGUACAGCCCUCGUCGAGCCUCUCGCCGUCGACAUCAAGCUCGAUGUUCAUGUUCGACCGUUGAAGAUGGAUUUGGCCGGGGUGGUGGGUCACGUGGUGCAGGGAACGAAAAUCCUGCUUCAGUGCACCGUGCGAGCAGCGAGGCCAGCCGCGAACAUAACUUGGCAGAAUGGUACCGAGUAUUUGAACGCCAGUGACAGGUUCGACAUGUUCGAGACGAAAGUGGAAGAGAACGAGGAUGGCACGUCGGUGACCAUAGGUUACCUCGCUUUCACGGCCUCUGUGUACGACAAUGGAAGAACGUUCAAGUGUUACGCCGAGAACUCGGUCACACGUUCCGAGGACAUGAAACCGAUGAUAGAGUCGACGACGAUCGAAGUUUUAUAUCCGCCUAUAGUAACGAUGAAGCCAGAGAAUAUCACCGUAAAUGAAACCGUAGAUUUUAUAAUAUUUUGCGAUUACGAAGCUAACCCGGCUACCCUAACGAGAGUAUCGUGGUAUCGAGACGACAAGGAAUUAGUUCUAACCGACGAUCACUACGAGGGCGGUAUCACGGAGCAAACGGCCCUCACCGUGAAAAAUGCGACACCCAGUGACAUGGGCACUUACAAAUGUGUACUAGAGAAUAACGUUGCCGCAUCCGCUUCGGAGGACGUGGUUCAAGUCUCUGUUCUGUACAAGCCAGUGGUGAAGGUGAUAAUGGACCCGGAAACACCGGUGAACGAGGCGGACCGCCAGAACGUCUCGCUGACCUGCGAGGUUGUUACCGGGAAUCCGGCGAGCCUGACCGCUGUACGAUGGUACUUGGACGGUGAUCUGUUGAAAGAACUUCCGGACUGCACGAGAAAUAGCAGCUCGACCACCACGACCACCGAGGAAUCUUUAAUUUUCUGCGAUAUCGAUCCGAGCAAGCUGCUGCUCGAAGCCGUGGGCCGCUCCUUUCAUGGGAACUACUCUUGCGAGGGUAGAAACGACGCCGGCUGGGGGCCACUUUCACCGAGCGCACCUGUCAUGGUCUAUUACAAACCGGGGCCAGCUUCGAUCUCGUACGAGCCCCAGCAGGUAAUAAAGAAACGGCCGUUGACCAUCACCUGCUUCGUGCUCGACCCGGGACGGCCGAAGGUGGCCGGGUUCAAAUGGCUACGAGGGCUUCACAGACUUCCCGAUGAAAACAACGCCACCCUUACCAUCGAGUCGGUUAAUUUGGAGACCGAGGCUAAUUUCACUUGUCUGGCUUACAACGAGGCCGGGGACGGCGAUCCGGCCACCACGUUUAUCGACGUGUCCGCGGCGCCAGCGUUUAUCAAGAAGCUCCUCCCUUAUCACGGCUACGUGUACAAUUCGCCCAACGUUAGCAUCAUGUGCUGGGUGGAGUGCGCCCCAAUGUGCAAUAUCUCGUGGCUGAAAAACGGUGUCCCCAUGGACUUCACGAAAACCAAUCGAUACUACCUGAUGAACGUUCUCCACCCGCCUGACCCGCGUACCAACGACUUCGAGAGCAUACAAUCGACCCUGGUCUGGAACCUGACCGCCUGGCCUAGUGGACAACUCGACCGUGUCGAGGACAACGUUAAAUUCACCUGCGAGAGCAGCAGCAACGGGAUUGGAUCCGGGGUGAAGAGCAGCACCCACUUUCACGUCGAAUUUCCGCCGGAAAAUAUGACGAUAUCGAGGAAGAUAAUAAACGUAACCGUCGACACGAUACCGGAAACGGUGACCUGUAACGCGAAGGCACUUCCGGAACCGACUUUUCGCUGGUUUCGGGAGGGCUCCACGGACAUCAUAGUCGAAGGCCGUGUUCUCGACCUGAAAGUGCCGAUUCCCAGGCGGAGCAACGGCACCUAUUACUGCGAGGCGUCGAAUCGUCAUGGAACCAAGAACAUCUCCAUGAUCAUGAAUGUUCAAUUUAAGCCGGAGUGUCACGUGGAAAGGGAGCGAAUAGACGGAGAGGAUUACGUGGUGUGCUCGGCGAUGGCCAAUCCGAAGGAGACCGAUUUCGUUUGGUCGUUGAAGAGUGACAAUGACACGCUGGAGCAGAUCGCCGUUGCGCGCAAUGGGAAAAGCUACAUCCGCCUCGAUACGUCGGUGACCAAUUUCCGGACGUAUGUUUGCGUUGCGAACAACUCCAUCGGCCAUUCCAGCCCCUGCGACCGUGACGUGCCAGGCCAUAUACCUUGGUGGCAUCAAUUGGAAGGAAAUCUUCUUUUGAUCGUGAUCGUUGCCGCGGUUGUCCUUAUACUUGUGAUAAUCAUCAUCUGCGUGAUCAUUUUCAUCGUUUGUCGACGCAAGCGAAACCAGAUGAAAUACAGUAAUCGGGUGGUCGAGCUGGAGGAACGUGAACAUCCAGACGGUGGGCCACCGAGUCCAACAGUGUCCUCCCACUCGACCCAAACGACGGUCCAUCCGGCUGCCGCGCCCAGGUGGCCACUGAAGCCCGGUGUGCUGGUGCACAUCAAUCGAAGCCACAGCCUGCGAUCAGGGCUGAGCGUACGCGCGAACGAGUCGCUUCGUAACGAGGUGAUGGGCGGCCGGAACGAGCCGACUAUGGCCGAUCGUUUCAUCGUCGAGGCAACGAUCGCGAAAGUCGGGGGCGGGAAAAUGUUUCGCAGGCGGAAGGAGACGACACCGCAGAGGAGGGUGACCGUGUCCGGUCUGCAUGACGAGGGUAUGCUUGCCAGGGCUAAUAAAAUUAAGGCGAUGUUUGGAGUGCAGCUUAAAGAGCAGGCCACUUUGCCGGGAAUUUCGAGGGAGAAGACAGCCGUGACUUACAAAAGAAUAGCGCCCCAGCGGAAGAUAUUGCAUGCGGAAUCAUCCCGCGAAUUGAACCGAGCCAACGUCUCCCGUAAGCGAAAGAAACCAGGCGCAGAUCCCAAUCAAGCUGCGAAUAACAAUCACGUGAACAGCGUGUCGGAGGGACUUCCGGAGUCCGGGGCGAAGACGUUUUACGAGAAUUUGCCUUUCCACGGGAUCCAAUCACCGCCUAACAAGUUGGUUACCCCUAUGUUUGCCCGAGUUUCGGCUUUGCAUGGCACGUUGCACCACCACCACCACCACCAUCAUCAUCAUCAUCACCGUUCCGUGCCAAGCUCGCCGUGCCCCUCGCGGCCGCCCAGCAGAACGGUGUCGCUAUGCGACGCCAGUUCCGGUUACGAGUCGACCAGGAGCCAUCUAGGCCCCCACUAUAGCGACUACAACAUGCCCAGGAGCAAUUCGCCCGUGCUGAAGUACAACAGCUUGAAGCCACGGCGAAGGAAGAACAAGCGUUCCCAAUUCUACUCGCUCAGAUUGUGCCGAGGGGCCGAGAACGAGGAGCAGAUCCACAGGAAGUAUCAGCUUUACGCUAUACCGAUAUACAAGUGCCCGCACAAGAGCGGGAGCGCGAGCACGGUGACCACGAUCGUGAGAUCGGGCACACCUUCGUUGUCCACCGUCGUGGAUGCUCAAAGCGAUCAGACUCGGUCGAGAGACGAGGAGGAAGGAGAAGAGGCGCCGAAGGCGCCACCUGUGCCCGCGCCCAGGAAGUGCAGGAGGACCGAUCCCUCGAAGCACACGUAUCAAAACGUCCCCACUCCCGUUUUUCCCACGAAAAACGCCCCGUUGCCCAAUGGAGCCAAGACCGACAGCCUCUACAACUACAAAGAACACUACCAGCAACAGCACAGGCAGGAGAUGCAGCAGUACAGCUACCCAUUACCGAGCAACAGUUCCAGCCAACUAACACUGCCACUAACGCGCAGCCUCUACCACUCCUCGAUAGUUAGCCCCUUACAGACCUCGUACGUGCACGCGAACAGCCGGCCGCCACCUUUCGCUCAGCCCAACGAGAAUCACAUGGGCGAGGAGCAGCAGAAUUACGCGAACCACGACCCCGCGAGACAGCCGCGCCGCCACGCGGCGAACCGGUCGAGCGAGCGGGGCCAGAAAUACAGGAAGCACAAGCGCGGCGAGAGGAAGCAGAAGCAGAGGCGGCCGGUGGACUCCUCCGCCUCGAGGAGGGCGGAGACGUACGCGAGCGCCCCCUCCUGCGAGACGAGUUUUCACCAGGUGCAGGAGCUCGGUAUACCCGAGACGUACAAAAUCUCUUAUCCCCAUUACUACGAGGACGACAUAGCGGAGUGUCCCACCGAUUAUCACAGAACGAAUCCUAGCUCCCGCCAACAGAUAUGGGAACGGCAGUCGUCUAACCGUUGCCCGGCAGAGGGCGCCACGCAUUACGCGGACACGGGCGACACGAAGAGCAGGAGCAAGUCGAAGAGACUGUCGUCGAAUUUGGGCGACGGGAGAUCGCCGUCCGCGCCUACGAUAAUGCAGUACGCCGAGCUGCACUUCCGGGACGUCGGUCAGGAGAUCGAUGUCUAAAAGCCCUUCAAGCCGGAAUUUUCGGAUCUCGACUACGCGGACGUGGACUACCGCUCCUACGGGCCGAUCAACUACAAAGCUGCAAGCAUCGCGCUCCUCCAGAAGCAGCAACAAGCACUGAAGCAGCAACGACAACUUCAG